AUGGGGAAGCUGCCCGAGCGGAACGACAUCCCACCUUGGGUGGGGACUCCCGAAGUCUUGACGGAGCCCAGGGUGUUCCAGGUCCAGACGGGGCUGUUGGAAGCCGUGUUCGGCCCCGACGGAUCUCGAAUCCCAUUCGUCGAGGAGGUGAGCAAAGUCAUGCUCCAGAUGAAGGGUCUGGAAGCUUCGGACCUCGCCGAAGUCAUGGUUUCCGGCUCUUACUUGUUCAAGUUUCAGACCAAGUGGAUGCUCCAGCCCGUGGCCUAG